AUCUCCCGCUCGCUGCGACGUCUGCUCGCGCCUUAGCGCGCGCUCGGGCGCCUCAGAACCCUUGUCUUUGGGCCCUAGCCCAGGGUUCUCGGUCGGGCACAAGGCAAGAUGUUAAGGCGCAGCCUGGAAAACCGGGACGCUCAAACUAGACAACUGCAAGAUGCUGUCACAAAUGUGGAGAAGCAUUUUGGAGAGCUGUGCCAAAUCUUUGCUGCUUAUGUGCGGAAAACUGCCAGACUGCGAGACAAAGCAGACCUCCUGGUGAAUGAAAUCAACGGGUACGCCUCUACAGAGACCCCAAAUUUAAAGCAGGGCCUGAAAAACUUUGCUGAUGAGUUUGCCAAACUUCAGGAUUAUCGACAAGCAGAGGUUGAAAGACUUGAAGCCAAAGUAGUUGAACCUUUGAAAGCUUAUGGAACCAUUGUAAAAAUGAAACGGGAUGACCUUAAAGCAACAUUAACAGCAAGGAAUCGAGAAGCCAAGCAGUUGACUCAGUUAGAAAGGACACGUCAGCGAAACCCAUCUGAUCGACAUGUUAUUUCACAGGCAGAAACUGAAUUACAGAGAGCUACAAUCGAUGCUACCCGAACAACUCGUCAUCUAGAGGAAACUAUUGACAAUUUUGAAAAGCAGAAAAUAAAAGAUAUAAAGACUAUAUUUUCAGAAUUUAUCACUAUUGAAAUGUUAUUUCAUGGCAAAGCUUUAGAGGUCUACACUACUGCCUACCAAAAUAUACAAAAGAUUGAUGAGGAAGAAGAUUUAGAGGUUUUCCGAAACUCUCUGUAUCCACCAGACUAUUCAUCUCGUUUAGAUAUUGUAAGAGCAAAUUCAAAGUCACCUCUUCAGAGAUCACUGUCAGCAAAGUGUGUGUCUGGAACAGGACAGUUAUCCACCUGUCGACUAAGAAAGGAUCAACAAGCAAAUGAUGAUGAUGAUGACGAUGAAGAGUUAGAUGGUACAGAAGAAGAAAAUUAGUUUUAAGUUAAGAUGCCAUGCUUUCAUCAUGAGAAGGGGUCCUAUAUAGUCAUUCUGUUUAAUACAAAUUCUGUUCUUGUGAAGCCUCGAGUAAAAAGACAAGCGUCCUUUUUUUAAAAAGUUUUA